UUUUGGGGGGAGUGGGAGCAGUUUUGGGGGGGUCUGGGGGGUCUUCACCCCGGCUGUGCAGGAGCUGUUGCUCCUCUACAGGGACAGAGAGGUGACCCCCCGGGACCCCCUGGACGUUUACCUGGAGCACAGGUUGCUGCUGGAGCAGCGGGGCCAGGACGGGGGGGGAGCCCCAAAACCCCCCCAGAACCAGUACCCCCCUGAACUGCUGAGGAGAUUUGAGCUGUAUUUCCGUGCCCCCUCGCUGUCCAAGCCGCGGGUGAUCCGGGAGGUCCGGGCCAGCUCCAUCGGGAAGCUGGUCACCGUCCGGGGGGUCGUCACCCGCGUCACCGACGUCAGGCCCCUGCUCGUGGUGGCCACCUACAGCUGUGACCAGUGUGGGGCUGAGACCUACCAGCCCAUCGAGGGCCCCACGUUCACGCCGCUGUUGCUGUGCCCGAGCCGCGAGUGCCAAACCAACCGGGCGGGGGGGAGGCUCUACCUGCAGAGCAGGGGCUCCAAAUUCACCAAAUUCCAGGAGCUGCGCAUCCAGGAGCACUCGGACCAGGUCCCGGUGGGGCACCUGCCCCGCUCGGUGUCCGUUCACCUGCGCGGGGAGAACACGCGCCAGGCCCAGCCCGGGGACCACCUCAGCGUCACCGGGGUCUUCCUGCCCCUCCUGCGGCCUGGGUACCGACAGGUCCAACAGGGUCUCCUGUCCGAGACGUACCUGGAGGGGCAUCACCUGCUCAAGGUGAACAAGAGCGAGGAGGAGGAAGGAGGGGGAGGGGAACUCACCGAGGAGGAGCUGAAGGAGAUCACGGAGGAUGAUUUCUACGGCAAACUCGCCUCCUCCAUCGCCCCCGAGAUCUUUGGCCACGAGGACGUGAAGAAGUCGCUGCUGCUGCUGCUCGUGGGGGGCGUCGAGAGGAGCCCCCGGGGCAUGAAAAUCAGGGGGAACAUCAACAUCUGUCUGAUGGGAGACCCGGGCGUGGCCAAAUCCCAACUGCUCUGUUACAUCGACCGCCUGGCACCACGCAGCCAGUACACGACGGGCCGUGGCUCGUCGGGGGUGGGGCUGACGGCGGCGGUGCUGCGGGACCCGCGGAGCGGGGAGCUGGUGCUGGAGGGGGGGGCCCUGGUCCUGGCCGACCGCGGCGUCUGCUGCAUCGACGAGUUCGACAAGAUGCUCGAGGGCGACCGCGUGGCCGUGCACGAGGCCCUGGAGCAGCAGAGCGUGGCCGUGGCCAAGGCCGGCGUGCUGGCCACCCUCAACGCCCGCUGCGCCGUCCUGGCCGCCGCCAACCCCGCCCUGGGCAGGUAUGACCCUGCCAGGACCCUGGAGCACAACCUGCAGCUCCCCGCAGCCCUCCUGUCCCGCUUCGACCUCCUCUGGCUGCUCCAGGACCGGCCCCACAGGGACAGGGACCUCAGGCUGGCCCAGCACGUGACAUUCGUGCACCAGCACUGCCGGCAGCCCCCCAGUUCCUGCCAGCCCCUCGACAUGAGGCUCAUGAGACGUUACCUGGCCAUGUGCAAGCGCCGGGAGCCGCGAGUGCCCGAGGCCUUGGGUGACUUCAUCACGGCCGCCUACGUGGAGAUGAGGAGGGAGGCCUGGAGCAGCAGGGACGGCCUCUACACCUCUGCCAGGACCCUGCUGGCCAUCCUGCGCCUGGCCAUGGCUCUGGCCCGGCUGCGUUUGGGGGACGUGGUGGAGAAGGAGGACGUGAGCGAGGCCAUGAGGCUCCUGGAGGCCGCCCGGGAGUCCCUGCAGGGGGACAAGGGGCAGCACAACAGGCCUCAGCGCCCGUCGGAGGCGAUUUUCGGGGUCCUGCGGGAGUUGGGGGGUCCCGGGGCCCGGGGGGUGUCUCUGCCCCAGGCCCUGACCCUGCUCAGCUCCAGGGGCUUCACCCCUGCCCAGGUGGGACAGGCCCUGGAGGAGUAUGAGGCACUGAACAUCCUGCAGGUGAACCCUGCCAGGACCAGGGUCACCUUCGUGUGAGAGACCCCAAAAUAUCCAAAAAUAUCCCAAAUUCACCCCAAAAAUAUCCCAAACCCACCCCAAAAUACCCCAAACCCAGGUGGGACAGGCCCUGGAGGAAUAUGAGGCACUGAACAUCCUCCAGGUGAACCCUGCCAGGACCAGGGUCACCUUCGUGUGAAACACCCCAAAAUCCACCCCAAAAUAUCCCAAACACACCCCAAAAUAUCCCAGACCCACCCCAAAAUACCCCAAACCCAGGUGGGACAGGCCCUGGAGGAAUAUGAGGCACUGAACGUCCUGCAGGUGAACCCUGCCAGGACCAGGGUCACCUUUGUGUGAAACAACCCAAAAUAUCCCAAAUCCACCCUAAAAUAUCCCAAACCCCCUCAAAAA